AACAACCCCAGCGGCAAGAAGGAGCUGUCGGAGGUGGAGAAGGCCAAGCUGCACGGCUCUUACCUCACCGUGACGCUCCAGCGCCCCACCAAAGACGUCCACGGCACUUCUAUCGUCCCCAAACUUCAAGCCAUCACGGCCUCCUCCGCCAACCUGCAGCAUUCUCCACGCGUGGUCAUGCGGCACGCGCCCGCCAGGAUGCCCCUGCGAGGCGGUGGGGAGGAGGAGGCAGCCGCCGAGGAGGAGGAGGAAGAAGAGGAAGAGGAGGACGAGAACGCGGAGGAGGGGGCAGCGGCCCGGCUCAACGGCCGAGGGGGCCGGGCGCAGGAGGGCGAGGAGAGCUGGAUGCAGCGCGAGGUGUGGAUGUCCGUCUUCCGCUACCUCACUCGCAGGGAGCUCUGCGAGUGCAUGCGGGUGUGCAAGACCUGGUACAAGUGGUGCUGUGACAAGAGGUUGUGGACAAAGAUAGAUUUGAGCAGAUGCAAGUCCAUCACCCCCCAGGCGCUGAGCGGCAUUAUCAAAAGACAGCCGGUCAGCCUCGACCUCAGCUGGACCAAUAUCUCCAAAAAACAGCUUACGUGGCUCGUCAACAGGCUGCCAGGCCUGAAAGACCUCAUCCUAGCGGUCUGUUCCUGGUCUGCGGUCGGUGCUCUCAGUACCUCCAGCUGCCCCCUUCUCAGGACCCUCGAUCUUCGGUGGGCAGUAGGAAUCAAGGACCCUCAGAUCCGGGACUUACUCACGCCUCCGACAGACAAACCCA